AUGCCUCUCCCCUACUCCGCCUUCAUCUCUCUUGCCACCACCGCAGCAAGAUCGCUCCGAGGAUGCCAUUCCUCAGAAGCUGUCCACCCAAAGAGUGGACAUACAAUGUGGAGAGUGGCUGUCUUUGUCCGUCUCGCCCUUACCGUGCUUGCAUACUCACUCACAGCACAGGAGUGCUCAAUCUUCAUCAGAGUCAUGCGGAAGAGAUCCCUUCAGAACACCCCAAUAAAUAGCCAUCCCAAGAUCCAGCAACCACACUCGUUGACCACAACGUUCCAUUGCCCAAAUCCAAAGGCCAUCCACUAA